AUGCAUCAGAUGUCCCAUGCUCGAGAAAUUCUUGAGCGUGCACAAGGCAAAACUGCCUUGAUAACUGGAGCGUCACGCGGGAUUGGCGGGGAAACCGCCUCGAUCUUGAAUGAGCAUGGCUGCAAUAUCAUCAUUACCGAUCUGAAAUCCCAGCAGCAGCAAUCAGAAUCCCUAAUUCAAUCACUGCGAUUUCCAGAGCGUGCUAUUUUUGCGCCGGCGAGCGUAAGCGAUUGGACUCAGCUACUCGAUGCAUUCAAGAAAGGCAUCAACAUCUUUGGUAGGAUUGAUAUAGUAGUUGCCAACGCAGGCAUCAUGGAAAGUUGCACUGUCCUGGACAUGCAGACCGAUGAGAGGGGAGACCCUAUAGAGUCAAGAGAAGGUAACACUGUCCUCGACAUCAAUCUGAAGGGCACUUUGAACACACUACGGUUAGGUAUCCACUACAUGAGCAAGAAUUUACCAUCAGAGGAAGGCUGGGUCGGCUCCAUUGUCCUUGUCACGUCAACAUCAGGGUACUUUGGCUUUAGCGGCAACACUGCGUACGUUGCAUCGAAGCAUGGCAUUGUUGGACUUUUCAGAGCAUCCCAGCCCUUGGCCGAAAAGCUCAAUAUUAGAGUGAAUGCCAUUGCUCCCAGCUUCACGCCCACACACAUCACGGCUGGUUUUGGCGAUCAUUUCGAGAAGGCCGGCGUCGAAAGCAACACCGUUGGCCAGGUGGCUGCUGCAAUCUCAUUUGCAGCGCUGGAUCCUGCUCGGAAAGGUACUUGUUGUCUGGUCUCAGGAAAGUUCGUUCGAGAGCUGGAGUUAACGCUCAAAGACCUGAUGUCAGCGUGGAUGGGGGAAGACUUGCUGCACGCUCUCUCUGGUUUUCGAGCAAUAGUGAAUGAACUCGGUGGUUAUCCUUUGCCGUCAGCUCGUCGGGAUUAG